CAGGGCAAAAAAGGAGCCAUAAAUAACCCCAAACAACAGUCCCCCGUUCAAUCAAGUACCUUUACUUCUGGAAGUGCUGCUUUAAGGGUUGCCAAGAUGGAUUUUCUCUCUACCCUUGUCGUUGCGUUUUUGAUUUUGGUAUCGUCCACCCAAGGUGCUCACCAUGAUAAGUUGUUCAAGAAAAUCAACACAGAUGGCCCGGUAUGCUUUAAGGCAAAGGGCGACCAACCAGCUGUGAUUACUUACAAAGGACACGAGCGAGUUUUAAACGGCAUCAAACUAGUGCACGUAUCCGGAAAACUAUCAUAUGAUGGCAGGACAAAGAAUUUCUUUGGCUGUGGAAAGAGAGACCAUUUCAACAUCUUCAUCACUGAUGUGAUUGACAAUGUGGUAUUUCCCAGAAAAGAUAUCGUAAAAGUGAUGGCUUUUCCCCGUAUGCGUGUGUACGUCCGCAGCGAGGGCUGCAGUGAUCCUGGAAUUGUUGGAUGCGGUCAAGCUCGGAUGAUCGUAAAUGGAGUUGAUUAUGCUCCGGGCGGACGGGGUUUUCAAGUGGUGGUGUUGGAUGCUAUGGAAGGUAAAAUACUUGGUACCCGAAGAUUUGACUCUUAUGGCCAAAGAAGCGAGGCUUUGAAAGCAUACCACUACUUGAGAUCUGUUAAAGGCCACAAAAUAGUUCUUGUGGCGAUCGCAGACGAGGCCUGGAAUCAAGGGUCCCACUUCCCCAUAGACAGAGAGCUCAUACGACUUGGCGCAAAAGGACCAAUCAUAAGGCAACUUCGAAGUUCUCUCGCUCUGAUUGGGUAUGCGGGCAGAAAGCGACCUCGUUGGAUGAGGUUUGGCCAGAACCCUCCGUCAAAAGGACCUACCACAGUCAAUUCAAAGAUACCUAUUAUUCCUGGGGGAAAAGGGAAGAGUUAUUGGUACGAGAUGACCAACCGUGAUUGCACAUCAAAGACAAUGCUGUUCGCCGAUGUGUCGCGCCCAUUCCUCCUCAGUCGUAAUCAGCAGCUUAAGGUCUGGUACGGAGAGGAUCUUGAUGACGUGAAUGAAAUGGGAAAUGCAGGCCGCGCAUGCGUAGAUGUGUAUGCUUGGCUGGCCUGAUUACAGGUUCAGUAAUUAUGGUUUUGCCUUGAAGUAAAUUAUGUUGACAAAGAAAUGUAAAAGUAACUUAGAGUUAAACAUCAAUAAAUGGGUAAUGUUA